CUCUCAAUCCGUCACCUCUCGGAUCUCCUCGAGCUGAGCACAGCUGUCGGGCUACUGCUUGCUGACUACGGGUGGAUUCUGUGGCUCUGUACACAGCCCACUUUGCCCAUUAGCUUCACACAAAAUCUUCUCAUCUUCUGCCUUUGUUGCCACACAUGGUUGAAGGUUUGACGCGCUGCGCUCUGGAGUUGAAACGCCCAUGAUCCCCAGCCAGCACACCCUCUCACUACGAUGGGAAAUGCCUCCGAAACGUAUCUGUUCAUGUCCAGAAUAUCAAAAGACAAUGACUUCCUCAUGGGAACGCUAUAUACCAUUUUUGGUGUGCUGUCGGUGCUGGGAAACGGGAUCCUGCUGUUUGUGGCCUAUAGAAAAAAGUCAUCCUUAAAGCCAGCAGAGUUUUUUGUAGUCAACUUGGCCAUCAGUGACCUGCUGAUGACCAUCUCCCUCUUCCCUCUUGCUGUGCCAUCUGCCUACACUCAUAAGUGGCUGUUUAAUAAGACAACCUGCACCGUCUACGCCUUUUGUGGCGUUUUGUUUGGCCUGUGCAGUCUGACCAACCUCACGGUGCUCUCCUCCGUCUGCUGGCUCAAGGUCUGCUGCCCAAACUAUGGCAACAACUUCUCCUACGGCCACUCUUGCCUGCUGGUGGCCGGGAUCUGGUGCUACGCCGCAGUGUUUGCCGCCGGGCCCCUGUCAGGCUGGGGAGAGUACGGGCCCGAACCGUACGGAACAGCAUGCUGCAUUAACUGGCAUGCCCCCAGCCAGAGCUCUUCAGCUAUGAGCUACAUCAUCUGCCUCUUCUUCUUCUGCUACGUUGUGCCCUGCACUAUCAUCUUUUUGUCCUACACGUUCAUCUUGUUGACAGUAAGGGGAUCCCGACAGGCAGUGCAACAGCACAUGUCCCCUCAGAACAAGAUCACCAAUGCACAUGCACUUAUUAUUAAGCUGUCCGUGGCAGUUUGUAUUGGCUUCCUGACAGCAUGGAGUCCGUAUGCAAUUGUGUCCAUGUGGGCAGCAUUUGGUAAUCCCUCAGCUGUGCCACCCAUGGCUUUUGCACUGGCUGCUAUCUUCGCCAAAUCCUCUACCCUCUACAAUCCUAUAGUCUAUCUGUCUUUCAAGCCCAAUUUCCGCAAGUCCCUGUGUCGGGAUAUGGCCCUGUGCAGAAGGUCACUUUGCGGGUGUCUGUGUCAGCACAACUCCACACAGAAGGGAACGUGCAGACAAGCUCAUCACAAAGAAGAAUGCAACUCUACGCGGUUGUCCAAUGGCUUACCAGAGAACCAUGGCACAUGCAGACAUUGCCCUUGUCCUGAGAUCACUGCUACAAGGGAAAAGGGUAUCCACUACAGCCCUCAGCAUACUGCCAGGAUACUUACAGGGUCACAGCAGAGUGAAGUGGCUGUCAGUCAGCUCUCCAACGAGCAGCAGAGUGACUUCCUCUAGAAUGUAUUUACAAACAGUACGUGAGAAGUAAAGCAAAUGGAUGAGAGACAUUACCUGUAAAUCUGCAAGGAUGGGAAUGAGUAAGGAAACUAUUAAUGGGAGGAACUUGUCAUAACCAUAAAGGCCAAACUUUAAAGAACUUAUCUUACACCUCAAAUACUGUAUGUGAUACUGCCAAAACACACAUGACCGCAAAGUCAUGCAACAACCAACAUGCAAGAUAUUGUUAAAUCAGGUAACGUAAACACUUUUAAGAGGACUCUUGAAAUGACUUUUUGAGGGAAGAGCUCUCUAGAAAUGACCUUUAAUGUAUUUAUUAUGAAUACUGUAAUUGAUACUGUGUUUGAUUUACAUAUUUAUUGAUGGAUGUCUCCAAGUGGAGGAUCACACGGUUUUCAUUAUUUAAAAAGAAAAUAUUUAUCUUUGCUGCAUUGGUUUCAAGGUGUCACCCAAGUAAUGUGAGGGAUGGAACCAAGCAUAAAUGGAUGUUAACUGUAUUGUCAAUGAUCUACUGUAUCUCCAGGCAAACACAAAUCCAUUACACGACAUGAGUUCUGGUCUCAGUGUACUCAAUAGGAAGACCUCAGGACGAAAAUAUUUACAAUCAGAUCCAUGGCUCAAAAAUGUACAUCUCUUUAAAUAAGCUAUAUGUCUUGAAUUGUACAAAAGAUGCACUGCACUGUGACUAAAAGUAGUUAAAUAGUAAUGUAUGAUUGUGUGUUUGGGUUUUCUUGGAAGAAUUUAAAAAAGCACAUUCAACGGAAGAAAAUUAAAGUGAGGAUAUAUUUCCUGGUAUAAAAUCUUGGUAAUAUUUCUUCCAGAAACUAUUCAGUGUGUGUGCUUUGUAAUUAGAAUAUGGAGGUUAUGUUAGGCUUUGAUUUAAAGUGUCCAUAAAACAUAGAGCUUUCUCGUUUUAUGAGUGAGUCAGGCCAACCUUUUCGGCCAUUAAAGCAAUCAGAUACUGUAGGUACCGCUACGCUGCAGCUGUGGGAAGUAUUAAGCCCACACAGCUGUGUUUUUUUUGCAAACCUUUCAUUGCUUACUUAGUAAGUAAUUUUUUACAAUGACUUUUAGCACCUGCUUUCACUUCAAUGACAAGUGGAAUGCAAGAGAUAUGUACAAAGGCACGGAAUUGGUAAUCAAUCGAACAAAACUGAAGGAACAAGUGAGCAGGUGCUGAUGCAUCUAUAAUCUCAAUGUUCAUUCUUAUAGUAAUAUUUUUAAAGCUCUUUGAGUGCAUAUAAAAUAUAUUUGGACAGUACAUUUGUCUGAAAAACACUACGUAAUAUGUUUUUGCUGUCAAACUAACUUUCCAUGAUCCCAGAUCCAAGGAAAUUACCUUUGGUGCAUAUUAAUGUUAAUUAAAAUAAAUAGUAAAAUAUAAAAUUGUAAUAAGUCAAUAAAAUUAUCCUUUCAUCAGCUGACUUAAAACAGUGUGUGUGUGUGUCUGUGUGACAGAGAGAAAUAAUGAAAAAAAGCCAUGUACUUUAAGCACGCAUACAAAGAAGAACAGAUAUAAAGUAGGUAUACUAGAAGUAUCGGCAUUAAAGAAAAAUGUAUUAGAGCAAAAUAAGAGCUGUUGUCUUUCUCUGCAUGUUUCAAGGUAACUUGCUUUUGUCAGCUCUAAAGGCGGAAAGGAUGGCGCGAAACAGUGUGUCAGCACCUCCUAACAAAACUCCAAUAACUUUUGUAAAAAAAAAAUAGAUGACUUGCAUGGCUCUUGCCACAACAACACAAUACCUAAGCUGUUUUCAGGAUGGACUGCACUUCUGUGAUGUUUCUAACUUGGCAUUUUCCUCUUAGUUUACAAUUGAAUGGCUUCUUCUUCUGACUGCUCUCGCAACAGCAAACGUUGUGAUAUUCCUUUGGAAAAGAACAAUUUCACAUCUCACCAUCUUUCAUGUCCUUUCCAAUUCCUGUAUCCUGUGAAUUCUUGUAACUAAAAAAAAACAAACUAUUUCAGCAACCAUUUUCAUUACAAUAUAUUGUGUCAAGGGACAAUAGUAUAGAAAUGAAACUCAGAUAUACCAUAAAUUCCGGACUGUAGAGCGUUAUAGAAAUACAUUUAAAAAGAAAAAAGAUUUGCACAUACACUCCUGAUCAAAAUCUUAAGACCAGUUGAAGAAUUUACAUUUUGUGCUGUUGUAUCUUAUAGAAGUUCUAAGUAGAGCUUCAAAAUGCAAAAAGAAGAAAUGCGAUCAUCAUUUGACGCCACUAAAGAGCCAACCAUUUCUGUUUGGACCUGCCUUGUCCUUUAGAGGAUAAAUAGAUUGGCUCUUGCAUCAAGCUAUCAGACUAGAGCUGUCCUAUCUAGUCUGACUUGUGUGUCCCAUCUAGUCUUUGAGCAUGAACUGAUGAAGUCUUCUCGGAUGAGAGGCGAAACAUCUUCUAAGACAACCUGAACAGUCCUGUUGCGAUCGAUUGAAUGCCCUGAGAAAACAAUGACCUGGAUGAAUGAGAACAGUCACAGGCAUAUUUCUGUACAUUUUGGGUUUGAUAUCCUCAAAAUGGUGGGGGAAUAUGAAAGGAUGGCCCGGAAAGUUGCGGCUUACCGGAAACAUUUGACUUGAGAUGUAGACAAAACAACCUCAUGCCCACAAGCCAUGAAAGACUACAGGAAAAAAACAACAAAAACAACUCAUGAAUGAAUUUUACCAAUGAAAGCCUCGAGGUAAAAUUAGACGAAACAUCCCUCAAAUUACAAACAAUUUUGCCCGAGGAAGUCUGUGAAAAGGUGAUUUCACCAAUAAAGCCCAACUUGGUCAACACAACAAAACCAAAGCAAGACAAACAACAAAGUUUCAGAAAUGACAACUGAGACACAGCAGUUUUGCAUCACAAUUGCUCACCUGGCAGCAAAAAACUGGAAACUCAACCAAUGAGAAACUACACAGUACAUGGGUAAAGAACUAGUCAGACAGAAAUCUUACCCAACCGGAGAAGGAAGUUUUGGUUAAAGGGUUGAACUGAAACCGAAGAGGACCAAAUUACUUUACAAGUGUCGGCAGCUCUCUCCAUUAUGCCAAGGCUCCCCCUUCUAGCCUCACCCUGAAGGAAAGAAAAGCUGUGACAUCGCUGAGCAAAGAUGAAAACAUCACAAUCCUGCCAGCAGACAAGGAGAGAUGCACAGUAAUCCUAACACAACUGACUACCAUGACAAGUUACUUACACUUCUCAAUGAUGCCAGCACAUAUGAAAGACCAAAAAGAGACCCAACCAGUGGUUACGAGAAGAAAAUCACAGAGCACCUGCAGACAUUACAGAGGUCAGAAACGAAUAGCCAUGCACUUUAUUACCAAUUAUACCCACAAGAGAUCAUCCCUGGCAUUUAUGGUCUUCCAAAAAGACACAAAGAAGGGGCCCACCUCAGACCCAUCGUCAGCAGCAUUAACUCUGUAACUUACGAUAUUGCUAAGUAUGUGGCCAACAUCUUAGUACCCCUGGUGGGCAAAACACCACACCGCAUCCAAAACUCAAUGGACUUUGUUGAAAAAGUCAGAAACUUAAAACUGGACAAAAAUGAAACUAUUGAUUAAUUCAACAUCACCUCCCUCUUCACUUGUAUUCCAACUCAGGAUGCAGUGGAAACUGAGGCAACUUUUACACCUUGACCACACCCUCCAAGAUAGAUCCGCACUCAACCCAGAACAAAUAUGUCAUGUGCUGAAACAUUGCCUCAGUACAACAUAUUUUCAAUUCAUGGGAACUUUUUACAGACAAAAGCACGGUUGUGCUAUGAGAUCAUCAGUAUUCCCUAUCUUGGUCAACCUCUAAAUGGAGGACAUGGAAAGGAGGGCUCUGAACUCCUUUAAUGGAACAGCACCAAGUCACUGAUACAGAUAUGUGGAUGACACAUGGAUCAAAAUUAGAAGCCAAGAAGUGCUAGCAUUCACUGAGCUCAUUAACUCAACGGACAAAAACAUCAAGUUCACAUGUGAGGAUGUCAGAGACAUUAAGUUGGCUUUUUUGGACUGUGACGUUCACAUUGCAGAUGACAGUUGCCUCCAUGUUGGUGCUUACAGAAAAUCCACACACAUUGACCAAUACCUACUUUUUGAGUACACCACCCACUGGAAUACAAACUGGUCAUUAUCAUAACCCUACAGCAUAUAUACAAGCUGUACACUGAAAAAGUAUAUGUAAGUUUAAUUUGUAUAGUAUUGUCCCUUGAGAAGAUAUACUCCAAUAAAUAUGGUUGCGAAAACGUGAGGGGUGUACUUAUGUGAAAUACUGUAAAACUGAUGUUGGUGCAUAUGCAUGGUACAUCACUUUGUCACCUAAAUACAAUCACAAAUUAUAUUUUUUCCCCCCCAACAAUAUUUUAUCACUCUAUAACUUACUCAAACUGCCAAAUCUCCAUUGCAUUUUUUUUUUGCAUAUGGCUUUGUCUUCUUUACUAUCCAACGUGAAGCAAAGAAGUUUGACACAGCACAGCAGAAAUAACUGUGGUUGAAUUAAAUCCAACACAUCAGCAAAACGAAUCAAUCUGUAAUCAUACAGAUUGAAUAUCAGUGAGAUUAAGGUAGCCCCCUGGCUGACAAGAUGUUCAAGCAAAAGACUUGUUCCUGUAAAAUUGAUUUGAGAGUUUUGUUUGUUGCAUAGUGAAGUUGAUGCUUAUCAGAAGGUUGGAAUUAAUUAUAUAUGUCCAUAUGUUUCCUUCUAUGUAGAUUACAAGAGCCUGUUCUCAAGUGUGUAUAGUAGGAUUUCAUAUACAAAUUUAUGCAGUUAGUUGUACACAUUUUGAAUACUUGAAGGCCUUGUAUUCCCAAACCACUGCACAAGUUAGACUAUAAUAUCGUGCCUCUCUUUUUGUAUGAUUUUCUGCUAAAUUCUCACAGAAUCAUGCUGCUUCCAACAGAAUGCGAUGUUAUGUCACAGACUGCUGCUGCAUGUCGCAUCUUUGCAAAUACUGCUUUAUCGUACUGCGUGUGUAUGACUGAGGAUUUAGAAUUCAUGGAUGCUAUCGAGAAAAUAAUCUUAAAUUGUUAGAAAAAAAAUGGAAAAUUAUUCAACAUAUCAUAGAACCACAGGUGACAGUAGCUUUUGUUUCAUGUGCUCAUACUUAUAAGUUGUUUUCAACACAACAUGUAUAUCAAGACUUGCGUUAUAUGGAUGUACAAACCAGGAGACAUUACAGUAGGAAUUUUUGUUGUCUUCUCUGUUCUGUUCUUCUCAGGCAUCAUAUAUUUAACUUGAGCGAUGGCUAUAGCUUCAGUGUUCCCAGAGAAUGGAGAACUUAUUUGCCUUGCUGCAGCUGGAGUCAGUUAGACUGUAGGUCAAUUGACAGGUACUUACUGUAUGCGAAAGGAGGAGAGACUUAAGAAUCGAGUAUUUUCAAAUCAACCAAUCAUUAUAUAAACAUCAUUACACACCUUUAUCUAAGACAUGACAGCAGCUUCUGAUAGGGUAAUUUAUUUGUAUCUUUAAGUUUGUCAUUGAAUGUAUCUGUGGC